GAGAACUGGAGGGCACUUGGGUCGGGUCGCGGAAGGGUGUCGAGAGUGUCUGCGCAAGCGUUUAAGCCCCAUGGACAGCAACCGCGUGCCAGUCUCGUUAGCGACCGUUCAGAGCAGAAUGCUCUCCUCUCAUUAUUGACUUGAGGAGCUCCCGUUAUCAGCGAGAGCAACCAGACGACUCACUUUUGGAUUUGAUCCAGCCUUUAUUCAUGCAGGUUAGUCUCAUUGAUAAAAAUAGGUAGGCUAAAUAAAAAAUAUAUAACAUUUACUCGACAUGACAGAGAUGUCCGUGGAAGGCAACCUACUCUACAUUUCAAGCGGAUUUACCUGAUCUCCUGCCCAGAACUUUCCUCAUCAGGGAUAUGGACAUCAAGCCGCUCUCCGAGGGCUGACUCCCUCUCCUCCUCUGUCUGCCGGCGUUGGAUCCUCCAGGGUCGGGUUGCUAGUUGGCACAAGUACAAUAUAAAUGUUUUGAAAUGGGGUGAAACCUGAACUUAUCCAGGUCAUCUAUAUUUAACCAGGACAGUCCACUUAUCAACAACCGUGACUGUUUUCCGGGGAGCAGCCUAUGAAACGCUUAUUUUUGUUUUUCCGUUUAAAAAAGUUUUGCUGCCAACCCGUGUGUCCUCCUGACUGAAGCCGACUUAGGAGGGCAGACAGGCGGACUGGUCUCCGGGAGGAUGCCCGGGCAGGAUGUGUUCCAGCCGGAAAAUUCUGUGGAGCCUGCUGCUGCUGUCAGUGUUAGAGGUGGGGCUGGGGGUCUCCAGUAUCGUCCUGGGAGCCGUUGGACUCAGCCGGGUCAGUGAGGAACACAAACCACAACAAGGAGACGCUUCACCUAUCUGGAGCGGCCUGUGUUUUCUCAUCUGUGGGAUGUGUGGAGUCCUGUGUGCUAGGAAGAGGACUGGACUCAUCAUGAUUCUGUUCUCAGCCUGCUGUAUCUGUGGUCUGAUUGGAGGGAUUCUCAACUUCCAGUUCGUUCGGGCGUUGUCACGACGACCGGACUCUCUCCGCUCGCUACACCUGGCGGCCAUGACCAUUGCCUGCCUGGGUAUCUCUUCCUGUACUCUCUCUACCUGGUUGACCUGUCGUCUGGCCAGUUCAGAACAACAGAGGAUGUUUCUGGAGAGAGAACACUCACUGCACCACUCACAUGAGAUGGCUGAGAAGGAACCAUACACACACGGAUCUUUUGUAAGAAACAAACACACACUCGCAUGCAUGUGUGCUCACACAUUGCUACUGAUUUCUCCUAAUUUGUGUGUGUGUGUGUGUGUGUGCUUUCAUGCGUGCAUGCAUGAGUGUGUUUCUAACAGGAGAUCCUGGACAACUCCAGCAACGGGAUUCCCCAGAUCUCCUACAACAGCAACACCACCUCUCUUUGACAACAGACACACAUUGUUGCCCUGACAACAGACACACCUUGUUGCCCUGACAACAGACACACCUUGUUGCCCUGACACUGGAUACACCUUGUUGCCCUGACAAUGGACACACCUUGUUGCCCUGACAAUGGACACACCUUGUUGCCCUGACAAUGGACACACCUUGUUGCCCUGACAACGGACACACCUUGUUGCCCUAACAAUGGACACACCUUGUUGCCCUGAUAACAGACACACCUCGUUCCGCUGACCAUGGGGUGAUAUCAUCCAACAGAGCUGAGCAGCACUAUUACACAGUUGUGUGUGGAGAACUUCAGCACAGAUGGAAGAACUUGUUUCCCAAAGGAAAACUGAAAUGAACGCUCUUCUUGGACAAGUUGUUACUAGUUCUGAUAGUCCUAACAGACAGUCACAUGACCUCUGACCUCACAGACCGGGGGGCCAGCCGCUUCAAACUAAUGAGCACAAAAGAAGCAUGCAAUCAAUUUGUAAUCUCUCUCUCUCUCUCUGGCUAUAUGAAUGCAGGUAUACUGUGUUUGAAGGAAAAAUGCUAUAGCUAUCUGAUGUAGAGCAGAAUAUGGAAUGCUUUAAAUAUUAUAUAUGCAACCAACGAUGCAAACUGAAUAUCAGUCGUGGCCAACCAUCCUCCUGGAGAGCUACUGGGUUUGCAGGCUUUUGCUCCAGCCCUGCUCUAACACACAUAAUUAAGUUAAUCAAGAUCCUGGAGACUGAACACCAAGAAGGUCUCAAGGAGGUGGGUUGGCUAACCCUGCUGUAUAUUCAUGCUUGUAUAUCAGGAAAACAAUCAUUAUCUAUGGAGUGACAAUAUGUUUCUUUAGGCUUCUAUCAAACACACAUAAAACUCUGGAAAUGUUAGAUGGUGUUGUAGAUUUCAUAACCAGUUCCAGAGACACACACACACACACACACACAUAGAUGUCAGGCAUCCAUUCUGAUAUUGAAUUAAAGGAGACGUGCUCUCUGCUAAGGGGACUAUUGU